AUGGCCACUGCCAGCGGUGCCGUGGCCUACAAGAAGCAGGACGGGCGCAUUUUGCUCAAAGAACAUCAUGUCGAGUGGGCGGAAAAGGGUGCCAUGCAAGCGAGUCUGACGAUUGCUUUGACGAGCAUCACAAACCUGCAAGCUAGUCCCGCGACCAAAGAAGUAUCUCAGAUGCGUAUACAUGCGGCUCCAAGCGCUGCCUCGGAACCUGUCGCUCAUACAUUCAAGUUUACCAACAAGAAGCCGACAGCCGCGAGAGCUGAGAUGGACGCCUUUGUGGCGGCUUUACAAACGGCGAUAUCUGCAAAGAAGGAAGCACCCAAAGUAUUUGCGAAACCAAGUGUCAACGAGAUUCUCUCUUCACAAGACGUCGAAAGCGAUGCUGCACUACAAGAGUCACUUCUCAAGAGUGAUCCAGAGCUCGCCAGUACCUUUAAAGAGGCAGUCAUCAGUGGCUCUGUUACACCAGCUCAAUUUUGGAGUAGCCGGAUACAUUUGCUUCGCUCACACCUCAUUGAGAGGAGCCAGCAAAAAGGGCCGUACAAUGUGCUUGCCACAAUUCGACCAAAGACGGUCGACAACAAGAUCAGAGUCAACAUGACGCGUGAAAAGAUCAGAGAUGUCUUUGAGCAGCAUCCUCUACUGAAGCGUGUCUACGACGAGUGUGUGCCACCCAUGACAGAAGACAACUUUUGGUCAAGGUUCUUUGUGUCGAGGCUUUGCAAGAAGUUGCGUGGCGAGGUCAUUCUGCCGGCAGAUCCAAUAGAUGACAAGCUCGACAAGUACUUGAGUGAACAGGAAGAAUCACGAAAGCGCGGCAGGGAAGACGAGGAAGUCCCACAUGUCAUCAACAUUGAGGGUAAUGAGGAGCACAACUCCAAGAAGAUGGGCAAUGCUCCCGACUUUACAAUGCGACCUUCACGGACUGAGGCCAUUCACAGCAUCAAUCAGAUCUCUUUGCGGAUGCUCGACAGUCUGACACCUGCAGAAGCCGAAGCAGCCGCGAUACGCAACAACGCGUUUGAGCAGCAAUACUAUCAGCAAGAUAUUCAACUUGGCGACCUGCAGAUUGACGAGGAGGAAGAGCGUAUCCUACUCAAUGUGCGCGACCAGAGCAACUUUUUCCGAGCACCGACUUUGGAUCGGACACGAAGUGACCAUCCUGCAGAAACUCUGAGUGUCUUUCAGUCGUCCUUGAGCAAUGACUUCUCGCUUGAGCACGUCGGGGAAGACCAAGCAGCCUUGGACGAGAUGGCACAAGCGUUGACUGCCAUGAUUGGAGCUAGAGGACCAAAGUCACUCGAAGCGACAUUGCCGGCAAAUGCAAGGGAAGCUCUCAUUAUGUGUCACGGUGCAGCACAGGAAUUUCUGUCCAUCUUUUGGACCGGCUUCCUAUCUGGCGACCCAUCUAAAGCCAGAUCACUCGCCAAGAUGAUUGAUACUUUGCGUAAAACUGGCGAGCGUGUAGAGAAUGUCGCCAAGAGCGCUGGAACUGGCCGCGAGGCUGUUGAGCGUUGUAUGCGGCCGACCUUGGUGGCAGUGGAUAAAGCAAUCACAGUAUACCAGCAAGCUCUAGAGGCUGCGAGAUGA